GUAGCAAUGUUUAUGCUACAUUUGGGCAGUGCUACCUUCUUGCUAACAGAGCCAGUGAUAAGUGCAAUGACAACUGGGGCAGCUACGCACGUUGUGACUUCGCAAGUGAAGUAUCUCCUGGGAAUGAAAAUGCCAUAUAUCUCAGGGCCUCUGGGAUUCUUUUACGUAAUUGCUACCUCUUUCAUCUGCUAUUCUGCUGACAUGGAGCGCAGUUUUGGCCUGGAAGUUGUGGGACAUAUUCCAAAAGGGAUACCAGCACCAAGAUCUCCACCUUUGAAGAUCCUCCCUGAAGUAGUGACAGAGGCUUUUGGAGUUGCAUUAGUCGGUUAUGUGGCAUCUCUAGCUCUGGCCCAUGACUCUGCACAAAGAUUUCAUUACUCUGUGGAUGAUAACCAGGAGUUCUUGGCUCAUGGCCUCAGCAAUGUGAUCCCUUCAUUUUUCUUUUGCAUACCAAGUGCAGCAGCCAUGGGACGAACCGUACUUCUGUACAACACUGGAGCAAAAACACAGGUGGCUUGUCUGAUAUCUUGUAUAUUGGUUCUUGUGGUUAUCUAUACAAUAGGACCACUGUUAUACUGGCUACCCAUGGGUGUGCUAGCAAGUAUUAUUGUGGUGGGCCUAAAGGGAAUGCUGAUGCAGUUCCGAGAUUUAAAAAAAUACUGGAGUGUGGAUAAAACUGAAUGGAGUAUUUGGGUCAGCACUUACGUGUUUACAGUUUGCUUUGCUGCUAAUGUAGGGUUAUUGUAUGGUGUCAUCUGCACAGUACUGAUAGUGGUUUUCCGUUUUUCAAGAGCAACAACACUGAGCUUGAAGCACAUGAAUGAAACAGAAUGCAGAUUCAAAACAGAAGCAGACUUUGAAUCUUCACAACCAGUGAAAAUAGUGUCAGUGAAUAACCCAUUAGUCUUUCUGAAUGCUAAGACGUUUUACGCCAAUAUAUUGGAAAUAAUCUAUAAGGAGUGGACAUGUGCAAGGGAACUGUCGGAAGAUAUGAACAAGUAUGAACAGAACAUAUUGCUCACUUCAUUAUCCAAUGGAAACUGCCAUGAAGGGAAUAUAGAUCCUGCAUUUGCUGAUCUAAGAUGUUCAUCUUUACAACAGCAUUCCAGUGAAAAGCACCAUCUAAUAUUUGACUGCAGUGGCUUGACUUUCUUUGACUACACUGGUAUCUCUGUACUUAUUCAGAUUUAUACGGAUGCUCAAAAAAAUAAUAUAAAUGUUUAUCUGGCAAAUUGCAAAGCUUCUUUGAAAAAAGCACUGAAAUUCAACGGAAAGCUAGAAUUAGAGAAUGCUGUCUUCUCUGAAUCGGUUUCUUCAGCUGUUGCGUCCAUUCAGUUUAAUAGGAACUUUUGCAAGCUUAAUGAACAUACUGAGAUUUGAUGCCAGUCUGAUUCGUCUGUCUAUCAAAUUGCUCACUUGCAGAAGGAAUCGUGCCAAAGAAUUUCUUCAGAUGUUUAAACAUGGGAUUUUGUUGGUGAUAAUUGCCAAGCAUAUUUAACAAAUUCAACAGCAGCAGUGUUUUCUGCCUAUAUUUCCUGAAGGGUAUAUUUUUAUAAACUUAAAUUCUUCUUCAAUGAUCACAUAUUUUUCUAUGCAUGAAGAGCUAAAAAAUAGAAAGCAAUUUAAGAUACUACUGUGGUGUAUGCUGUUUUAGCUGUCUUGUUACAAUUUAAAAAUAUAAGUUUGUGCAGAAGAGAAUGCAACAUCAUUGAAUUUUGUAGUGCAAUGUAUGUAAUCCAAAAUCUGUCCUUUUUAUGUGCAAUUGUAAACUUCAAUAAAAGGCCAUUUUUUCCUGUUAAAUGCCUAGAAUUAACAAUCAUAUCUUGCCACUUCCACAUUCUGCUAAAUACACUGAAGUUAUUAUUUUGAUUUUUGUCUCUUUACUGCAAUGUUUUAAAGCGGGAUAUAAAAGAAUUUUAUUAUAUAUUCAUUUGAGAAUAAUUUUUACGUUUCUAUAUAAUAGAAUCCUGGCAAGGAAAACCAUUGCAAUAAACAAAGUCUAACUAGCAUUUGUUCUUCUAUCAAAAAUACAUGAAAGGUUAUAAAGAUUGCUCUUAUUUUUACACGCACAAAGUUGUGAAGGGAUUGUUGCAACCUUUAAAGGCCAAAUGUAGCUAUAGCGAAGCAUCUAGCACUUCAUCUAAAACUUCCUCAUCAAAAACUGCUGAGCCAGUAAAUGUCCUUACCGAAGCAAGCAAUAAAAAC